AUGAACUCUGCUUCUGGAGGAUCAGGAGGGACUUCAACGAGCAGUGUGGUGUGGGAGACGGCGGCGUUGACGCUGCUGCGGUCGACGUUCUUCGUCGUCGCCUCACGCUACGUCAACGUGUCGCUGUUCGUCGACCUGCGAUCGGUCAGUGAGGAUUCGACCUUGGCCGCACCGCUCGAAUCUCCUUCAAGGGGGGCGAUCGCAUUGGAAGAAAUCGAUGACGAAGCCAAUACCAGUAACGGGAGCGCACUGCUCAACUUGGGCCCCUCGAUCGGCACGAGCAGUCACGCUGGUGGGGCGGGUGGGGGAGCCAGCGCGGGCACGGGAACGGGAGGAACAGGGAACAACGGAGCGUCGAACACCAAAAUUGGAAUCUCGUCGGCCUUACCACAGAGUCCUACCGUACGCACUAAGAGACUCGGCACGAACCCGCCGAGAAAGGAAUCGAGCGCGGUGCUGCCCAGUGGAACCAAGGGCAGCUCGAGCGCGGUCUACACCCGUUCGGCGACGGCCUUGUUCUGUCUCGCCUUCUCCGAGUCGUCGAUGCUCUUCACCCUGCUGCUCUUUGGCGAUGCCGUAUCGGAUAGGUGGGUCGACGUGACAUGUUUAGCAGCUCAAACUUGUCGGGCUGACUCUAGGUCACGGUCACGCAGGGCUCGGACACUGAAUUGGUCCAUCAGCUUACUCGCCUUGCUCGGCCUGAUCGUCUUCGUCAUCCCUCUGGCGAUGUGUGUCUUGCUCGCGAAUCGGACCAAGUCGUCCAAGAGCACCUUCACACGCACGCUCGUCUUUGUGCUCUUGCCCUUUAUGUUCUACUUGGUUGCGUUCAACUGGAUCGGAUGGUACAUUGCAAGCAAAAUUGUCGUCGAAGGAUCGACGUCCCUCGGCAAGUUUAUCACUGGGCUAGGAGACGCUGCACAUGGAGCUGAUCGAGGUUAUUCUUGCUUCACAGGGGUGGUUAACAAUCUUCUUUCAAAGAUUUGCGUGCCUGGUGUUUUCCUCAUCGCCGCGCUUUCGGGCUUGGGAGCGAUCAACACGGCGUGGGAAUCGUACGAAUGGCGAAUGAUCUCGUCUUCGUCAGUAGCCGCUUAGCUCGUGUCCCGAGGUAGCAGAGCGUCCGUCUGACAGUCUUGAUACACUCCUCUCCGAAAUUUAUCAGUGAGGCCGUGACGGAGGCUCAAGUCUUGUCGGCCGAGCGGUCCUUGUACCGGACUCGUCUCGACCUUCAGCAACGUCUUCGCGCACUCCAACUCGCCGAAGGCUCCGCUGCUCGAGAGGCCGAAUCCGCCGCGGGCCAGUCCCUCCUUUCCCGAUGGACAUCCAAGAGCCCCGCCGCAGCUCAUCUCAAGAGCCUUCAAACCGAGGUCGGCGCCCUCGAAUCGAUCGAAGGUGCGAUGACCAAAGGCGUCGAGACGAUGAAGCGCCGCAAGCAAAUGAGGGAGAUGGGGCGAUCGUUCAGAGGGCGCGUGUGGCUCGUCGCAGGGUGGUUGCUGAGCGUGUAUUGUGUCUGGAGGGUCUUCGUCUCGUGUCUCAACCUCGUCUUUGGUUACUCGAGGAAUCCGCGUCAUCCCAACAAAUCGGCUGGUCCGGAUGAGGAUGGCACCGACCUCAUCACUUCAUUGCUGGCGAGAUUGGCGAUCCUGCUCGAUGUCAAUAUCGACAUUGCCGUAUGGUCGAGGAUCCUUGGUCUGAUCUUGAUUGCGAGUAUCAUCCUAGCCAACAUGCGAAGUGUGCUCGCAAGUGUUUCGAGGGUGCGUUCUUCCAUGCCUGGCGCGAUCUCCUCGGUCUACUCAGUGCUGAAUUGCCCUUUGCCGUUCAUCAGAUUUUCCGCGCGACCUCGACCGGAGUCUCGGCUUCUUUUAUGCUGCUGUUUCUCGCCGAGUUGAUGGUAGGCACACCGUGAAUCCCGUCAAAAGACCACGAGCAAAUGCUGAUCUUACCGCUCCCUCCAUCUCCGCAUAGGCGAUGUAUCUCUUGACUUCGCUCAUCUCCUUACCUUCCACCCCUGGAUCGAACGAUACAACAACAAGCCUCCUAGAUACCCUCCCCGAAUUCUCCGUCUUCUCUCGUUUAUUCGACCUCGUCUUCCUCUGCUCCGCCGCGCUCGCCUUCGUCAUCAGGUUCGUCGACCGUAAACUUAAGGUCGAAGAUGGAGGGUCGGCGCAAUACGUUUGA